CCUUCGACAGUGCUCUCCGUUUGAUUGUUAUGCUAUACCUACAGCAAGCUGGUCCUUAUAAUUUCUAAAAUAAUAGUUGCUUCAGCUAUCUUCCUGGUUCUAUUUCGUCGACCGUACCAGAUGUGGUAGACAGCACUCCAGUUUUAUUUUCCAGAUUCUGUUUAUUGAACUUCUCCACGAUGGAUGUUAAUCACUUUGGCAGUAUUGUGACAGUGCUUUCAUUGCUGAUCAUAGUUUCCAAUGCUGUCGUGGUGGUGGUGCUGGUCCUGAUGAUUCUGAAGAACAGGUCUGCCAGCUUGUGCUUUGUGUUGAACCUGGCAGUUGCAGAUAUGCUGGUCGGAUUUACCUGCUUUGGAACGGCUGUCAUAGUGCUCACUAGACAGGAUUUCACCGCCAGUAGAGAGUUGUGCAUGUUACGGAUUUCACUUAUAAUCUCGCCCUCUGCUGCCUCUAUAUUAACAAUGGUGUCGGUUGCUUUUGAUCGUUUUCUCGCUAUAAAACUACCUUUACAAUACUGCCGACUGAUGCUUGAUAAAAUGGUGGCAUUAAUCAUUGUGUGCCUCUGGACUGUAGCACUUAUAAUUGGGUUCCUUCCAGUGAUCAUUAGGCAGCUACAGCCUAAAGAGUACAACGGGACCUGUACCCUGUUCUCGAUCAUCAAUCCGAAGUAUAUUAUAAUUGUAUUUUGUUCUUGUUUUCUUCCUGCUUCCUUAAUCUUCGUCUAUUUCUACAGCGUAAUCCUCAAAAUAGCAUACUCCCACACACGGCAAAUCCUUGAAAGUGAGCGAAUCAGUGCAGUCUCCAGCCCUGCUCCACCACCUCGCUGUCACAUCCGAGAUGUCAAAGCUGUCAGGAUCAUAGGGAUACUUGUUGGGUGCUUUAUGGUUGCAUGGACGCCCUUCUUCAUUGCAACUUCUGUGCAAGCGUGUUGCACCAAGUGCCAAUUAUAUACAACCAUUGAAGACUACCUCUGGCUCCUUAGUCUGUGUAACUCUCUGCUGAAUCCGCUGAUUUAUUCCUAUUGGCAAAAAGAUGUGAGAAAGAAGGUUCUUCAGCUCUGUUGUGUGGCAAAACCCAGAAUUUCCCCAACGCGCUGCGUCACCCGCUGGGAAACAAUAAAGACCCAAAACCCUGGUGCAGAGAGAGGGACUGAAGGUGAAUUACCAGUGUCCUGUGCAGCAAUUGGUACUGUCAGUUAUUGCACAACCAAUACACCAAAUGGUACAUGAGAAAUGUACUUGACCUGGUUCAGCAACUUUGACAAAGUCAGCGAUGUGGACACAGCAACAAAUAUCCAUGAUGUAAGGAGAGUAAUGUAUUUCAUGAAUUCGUCAUCUCCUUCAGGGUAGUAUUGAAAAGUAUGUGGUGCUUCAUAAGACGUCAUCUUUCAUUUCAAGUUGCCAACACCAAAGGUUCUCAUAUGGCAGUGUAUAUCCACAAUAUUCUACAUCGGAAUGAUCUUCCACUUACAUAAAUCAACUCAAAGAAGACAGAAAUAAACAUACAGGGCACAUAUUUUAAAAUAAUUAUGUGACUACUCAAAUUGAUUCAUGACUCUUUUUAUCCUCAAUAUUUUUGGACGAAGUUGCAUAAGUCAAGUAGCUGUCAUUUUAAAUUAUGUCAUCGAUUUCAAUCAGAUUUUUAUGUCAGUAAUAUUAUUACUGUCAUUUUGAUCAAUGGCACAGUAGAGAACAAUGGAUGUUCUUUUAUUCAUUGAAAUUGGUGCAAGAUUUCUGCAUGUCUGACAUGAAUGAGUCACUCCUGCUGUAUUAGGCACUGAUGUAUCAAAGAAACAAUAAUCCAUUCUGUUCCUGGCCUGACCUCAGUGUUUUAAGUUUGUGUGGAAUAAAAUCUGCUGAACAUAUAAGAACAGAAAGUGCUGGAGAAACUCAGCAGAUUUGGCAACAUCUGUGGAGAGAGACAGUUCUUAAGAGAAGGAAAUCUAUCAUCAUUACCUGGUCUUCCCUACAUAUAACUCCAGACUGACAGCAAAGUGGUUCUUUCUUAACUGCUCCCUGGGCAAUUAGAGACUACAAUAAAUACUGGCCUAGCCAGUAACACCC